AUGCCCAUCAUCGCGUCGCAGAUGGAGGUCGAUGACGAUGGGAAGCAUCCUGCGGACGACGCCGGUAUGGAUCAGUCACAACAACACGACGGCGCGGGGGAAGACCCGAAGAAAAGGGACCCACCUGUGAAGAAUAGCCCGCCAAGGAAGAAAUCAAAGGAUGCUCCUUCCCUGUUUGGAUACUCGCUUAAAGAUUGCGGCGCUGAAGGAGCUUGCGGCUACAACAGUUUGGCCUUUGCAUUCUGGCUGAGUAACAAUUUGGACAAAGCAUCCGAGCUCUUCGUCUGUUGCGCCAAAGAAACGGGCGGGAGCAAAAGCCCGUGGGACCAGCUUGGUCCACCAGCCCGCUACACGGGAAAAGGACGGCACUUGGACUUGGCCUUGCCCCCACUGCGCUCUUCGCACAUGCUGUUUCGCCACAAGGGCAUUCUCGCUGUUGACCGUGGCACCAGGAUCAAUCGCACUGAAAUCGUCGAAUCCAGCUGGGAAGUUCCAGAAGCAGAGCGUGACUGGGAAUGCCCCUGGUGUCACAAGUACCUUCCGCUGUUCGGCAAUUACCACCAGAAGCAGAAGAACGUUCGACGCCACUACCGCACGAAGCACCCGCGCAGAGACACGUCUUCUGCAGCCAUACAGAAAGCCGUCAGCAGGAACCGCAAGAAGGAUCCCAGCAGCCACCCGAAGAAAAAGAGUGGCUACUUGAGGAGUGCUGCCAAACGCAUGGCCAAGGAGCGGGACCUCAACCUGGGCGGCCACAAGCUCGUUGCCUUUCAGCCAGUUUGGAGUGAGUGGCCUCGUCCCCUCAAACGCAAAAAAGAGACCGCAGACAUGUACUUUAACCACUUGGUGGAGGAGGGAGUGGAGCCACACCCUGGGCCAGAGACACCUGACGGCAGCGAUGAGGGCGGUUCUGUGGAUGACGACCCGGACCCUGGUGGCUGUUCCUCUACGGCUUCUCCCGAGCGGGCGACUCAGACUUCGUUCUCUACAGCGCGCCUUUCUGUGAGAGGCUCUUGUGUAAACGUUCGUGAUGGCCCUGGGCUUUGGAGACUUGUCAAGAUUCUGGAAUGUGACUCUAGUUUUACUGACAUCAUCUGCAUCCAGGAGUCAUGUAUUCACGCUAAUGAGUAUAGCACGGUCGCUAACAAGUUUCUCACUAUGGGCUUCAAGUCUUACUGGGCCGAGGGUUUUCCUGGUAAGAAGGCCACCGGUGGUUGCAUCACGGUGGUGAGGUCUACCAUUCCGCAUCGGGUCAUUGAGAUUUUCUCGGGUGGCCCACACCAGCACAUUUUCAUCGAGCCCACAAGUCCAGCUGAUCCUUGA